CCCCGAGAUCUAUUAGCUCCUAUUCAGAAAUGGCAUUUGCUUUUGCCAUAAAGUUUUCCAGUAGAAGGUUGAUUAGGAAAACCACUUCUGAACUAAUGCGAGUCAAACAGAGGGAAGGAGAAUCUUUGAAGAAUUACAUGAGCCGGUUCAAUGAUGCAGUUCUUGAAGUCAGCUCAUUCAACCAAGCCGUGGGAAUUGCGACUGUAAUUCAAGGUCUCCAACACGAGAGAUUUAAAGAUAGCUUAAUCAAGCAUCCUACUGCUACUUUUGAUGAAGUUAAUGAUAGAUCGUUGAAAUUCGUAAUUGCUGAGGAACAUGCUUUAUCCCUGAAACUAGUUCUUCCCAAGAAUCAAAAUCCAGAUUCGAGAGAUGAGGGUCAAAGCAGAAAGUGGAUGAAGACAGUGCAAAACCGAGAUCCGAUGUCGGCCUUUACAGCGAGAUUCGGAAAGCCGAACUCACUUCCCCCCCAGCAAAAUAUCAGUAAAGCACCAGUUACAUGGACUCCUUUCAAUUUGUCGAGAACCGAGCAACCGAAGUUUGUUAGAGAACAGGGGCCACAACCACAAGGAUCUCAUAACGCAGGUAGCAGAAAAGGCGUGGGAUAUCAACAAACCCCACCUCCACUCCCACCACCAGCCAAAAUUAUACAUAUGAUUACAGGAGGUUUGGAAGUAAGGGGUUUGAGCUUCAAACAAAGAAAACUAUAUGUCAGGGAGGUGAAGCACCAAAACCGAGCUCAGAAACGAAAGUUUGACGACGCUGAUUGGAAGAAUCAACCCAUCACUUUCACAUCUGCUGAUUUUAAUACAAUUGUCACACCUUAUAAUGAUCCUCUGGUCACUUCCGUUAUGAUUAACAAUUGUGAAGUACAACGUGUCCUUGUUGACACAAGGAGUGCACCAGACAUUAUGUACUUUCACUGUUUUGAGAGUCUUGAGCUGGAUACAGCUUUGUUGCAGAGUGGUCGAACUUAUGUUACCCCUUCAGUUCGGUUUCUAGUUGUCAAAAUGGCAUCCUCUUUCAAUGUUGUUAUCGGACGACCCACACUAACCGAGAUCCGAGCUGUGGUCUCUCAAUCUCACCUCUGCAUGAAAUUCCCAACUCCCAUGGGGAUAGCAACACUACGAAGUAACCAGGAGGUGGCUAGACAUUGUUAUAUUAUCUCGGUUACAAGGCCUCAGAAAGGUAAAGACCAGACACCAAAAACCAUUCCUCAACGAGUUCAUGAUAAUCAGCAAGUAAUGGGAGUUGAGAUAGUAGACAACCAACCUGAAGAUGAAACCAGAGCUACCCCAGUUAUAAAAGAAGAAGUUGAAAAACUCCUGCAAGCUGGUUUUGUCAGAAGGGUUGAUUACUGUGAAUGGGUGGCCAAUCUGGUGUUGGUCAAGAAGGCAAAUGGUAAAUGGCGGAUGUACAUCGAUUACACAAAUCUUAACCAAGCUUGUCCCAAAGACUGUUAUCCAAUGCCAAGCAUUGACAAACUGGUUAAAGUGGCUUCUGGAAAUGAGAGAUUAAGUCUCUUGGAUGCAUAUUCUGGUUACCACCAAGUGUUAAUGGCUCCGAAGGAUGAAGAGAAAAUCUCGUUCUAUGCAGGUGAUGAAAUUUACUGCUAUGUUAUGAUGCCCUUUGGCUUAAAGAACGUAAGUGCCACUUACCAAAAGAUGGUGACCAUCAUAUUCCGAGCUCAGAUCGGCAAGAACCUAGAGGUUUAUGUGGACGACAUUGUGGUGAAGAGUCUGAAGGCAGAAGAUCAUCUAGCUGAUCUCGAUGAAACAUUCAACAACCUCAGAAAGAACAGAAUGCGGUUAAACCUAGCCAAAUGCAUCUUUGGUGUCGAGUUUGGGAAAUUCCUAGGCUUCAUGGUUUCUCGGAGAGGGAUUGAGGUUAACCUAGAAAAGAUCAGAGCAAUAGCCGAGAUGGAACCACCGAAGUCGGUGAAAGACAUACAGAGAUUAACGCGGAGGGUGGCAGCUCUUCAUAGAUUCAUAUCGAAGUUAGCAGAUAAGUGCCUACCAUUCUUCAAGAUCAUUUGGUCAGCAGCCCAGAAGGAUGAAUCUGGCAAACAAAAGAAGUUUGAAUGGAACCAAGAAUGUCAAGCUGCAUUUGAUGAGUUGAAGUCUUAUCUUAACUCACCACCUUUGCUGACUAGGGCUAUUGAUGGAAAAAUUCUCUAUUUGUACCUUAGCAUUUCAAAUGAAGCAAUCAGUUCAGUGCUUGUGAGAGAAGAAGGCAAACAGCAGAAACCAAUUUAUUAUAUUAGCAACGUGCUGCACAAAGCAGAAUUGAGGUUCGCGAUUCGAGCCCAAGCAUUGGCAAAUUUCAUCGUGGAAUGCACCCCAUGUCACUCAAACCCUAACCUUGAGCCGAGUGAUUGGAUCUUAUAUGUUGAUGGAGCAUCUAGUAGAAAAGGUUUAGGAGCUGGUGCCUUCUUAAUUAGCCUAGAGGGAUAUCAAAGUGAGCAUGCUUUGAAGUUUAACUUUGAUGCAACUAAUAACAUGGCUGAAUAUGAAGCUCUGCUACUUGGUCUACAACUCGCGUUAGAGCUGAAAGUCAUGGCCAUAAGAGUUUACCAUGACUCGCAGCUUGUGGUGAAUCAAGUCAACUCAGUCUGUGAAGUUGUCGAUCCUGUCAUGAUGAAGUAUGUAGCUCUAGUGGUCGAACUGAAAUGCAGGUUCCAGAAGUUUUGUUUGAGCAAAAUUCCCAAAAACGGGUUAGUACUUGAAGAUAAGCAAGAAGAGAUGAGGUUGAGGAAGAAAGCGUCUCGAUACACACUCGUUAAUGGAGUCCUCUAUAAAAGAUCUUUCUCACUUUCUCUCCUACGGUGCUUGAAUCCUUAUGAAGCAGAGUACGCACUCCGGGAGGUACAUGAAGGUGUGUGUGGAAGUCACAUUGGUGCUAGAACCUUGACUCACAAAGCCCUUAGACAAGGAUAUUACUGGUCGAAUAUGUACAAGGAUGCUACCCACUUCGUAAAGAGAUGCCCGAAGUGCCAAUUCUUCGCACAUUUUACUCACCAACCAGCAGAAGAGCUAACCAACUUGGUAGCAUCGUGGCCGUUUGCUCAGUGGGGGCUUGAUCUUUUAGGCCCAUUCGUGAAAGGGGUUGGUGGUGUAACACAUCUGAUAAUUGGUGUUGAUUAUUUUACGAAAUGGGUUGAAGCUCGGCCAUUAUCCAAUCUUACUUACAGAAAGGUUGAAGACUUCGUUUUCAGCUCAAUCAUCUGUCGAUAUGGAAUCCCAAAUCAGAUUGUAGCUGAUAAUGGAACUCAGUUUAACUACUCUUCGUUCAAAGAUUUCUGCUCCAGUUACAGGAUCAAACUACAGUUCACCUCCGUUUACCAUUCGGAGUCCAAUGGUAUGGUUGAAUCUGUCAAUAAAGCUAUCCUGGAGGGAAUAAAGCUGAGGUUGGAGCAGCACAAGGCUAGGUGGGCAGACGAGCUUAACAACGACUUUUGGGCAUAUAGAACUACAAGUCAAACUGCCACAGGACGAAAUGGACAACUGCUUUGGGAGAACCUUGAUCUGCUUGCUGAAGUUAGAGAAGAAGCACGACUUCGAACUCUAGUAUACAAGCAGAAAUUAGCCAACUUCUACAAUAAACGAGUCCACCCUCGAACAUUCAAAGUAGGAGACCUUGUUUUCAGAAAGGUUGGCCUAAAAGGGUUUGAAAAUCGUUUUGGCAAACUGGCCCUGAACUGGGAAGGCCCUUAUACAGUGGCCGAAGUGCCACAUCUUGGUGCCCAUAUCCUCCAAGACGUUGAAGAAAAGAAAGUUCCUAGAGUUUGGAAUAUCAAUAAUUUGAGGAAAUUUUACCCUUAAUAAACUUCCUUUAAAUGAUCAACGUCUCAUUCUUCUUUAUAGUUAUUACUUCUUCACUUUUGAGAUUCAUUUCAUCUCUUAUUCUGUAUACUUGAGGUCAAUCUGUUCAAAGUUUAUUCAUUGGACUUCACUUUUAUUAAUGAAUUUCGCUUCGCAUA